GAUUUUAAAUUUUCAUUUAAUUUUUUCAGGUAUAUUGGAAGGCUUUUUGUUAAGGGAAUUGACAAGCCUUUGGAUACCAUAACAAACCUAAAUAAAAUGGCUUGCUUCAACUCUAAGGAAGAAAUUGUACUUUAUAAGGUUCAUCUCUUGUCCUAUUUGCAAGUUUCUUUCUUCCCCGUCCCACCAGGAGGGAAGAAAUUGUACUUUAUAAGGUUCAUACUAAUAUUGGCUCUGUUAAUAUUAGUAGCGUUGGCAGUUAUUGUUGUAAGAGGAAGAAGGCAUUGGUGAACUCUGAUUGUAAAUUAUAAUAUUAUAUCAUAAAUGGCGUUCUACAGUGCUGUUAGAUUAAACAAUUAUAGAUAGGGUUAAUUACUUGGACACCUCCUGUACUAUGGUAUGAUUGAUUCUCCCCAAAAGUUUGAAAAGUUUACUUAGACAUCCCUUGCAUCUUAGAUUUAUUACAACUAGCCCCUGUCAGUUAGUCAAUCACCGUUUAAUGAUGAAUUUAUGGGUGGGAAAAAUAUUAAAUGCCAAAACUACCCUUCUCUCUUUUUUUUUUUUUUUUUUUCUUUCUUUUCCUCCUCCUUCCUCCUCUUCCAACGAAGGAGGGAAGCUCGUUUCAGAAGUCCAAAAAGUAAGUCCGCACCCUUAGAGCUUGUGUUUGUUUAUUUCUGGUGUCUCUUCUACUCUUCUCCUGUAAGUUGUGAGUGCUUUCUUAGUCCAAGAUGUUGGUAUAAUGGCACGUAAGUGGGUAAACAUUCCACUGGCGGUCAGCAAGCACAGCAAUACAGAACUCAGAUUGCUUGGCAUUUCCUGUCACAGGAUCUGUGUGAACUAUCCCCCCAGUAAAAAGAUAAAGUACAUAAAUGAUUGGGGGCCAUUGCUGUUGCGAGUCGAGGAGAUUCCCGAAGAAGAGAAAAAUGUUGGUCCCGGAUAUCACUUGGUUCCCGUUUUCCAUUUCAAAAAAGAUACCUCCAAAGAGCAGCGGUUCUUUCAGUACUUUGAUGAGCCCUUUUUCUUGAUCAUUCACGAACGUGAGACUUUGGCUGAAAUUAAAGUGCAUAUACAGGAGAAAUUGCAGUUUUCGAACAAGAAGUUUGAUCAGUUGAAGUUUUCAUUUAUUUCAUCGAGAGGUCUUACAUCUCGUCAAGAUCUUCAUGAUUCUGACAUUGUAUACAGUCAUUUUUAGAUAACAGAUGACUAUGGAGAAUGUCAGCAACAUCUUGGACUGUACCACUCAGACAGUGUUUCUACAUCUACUGUUUCUAAAAGAGCUCAUGUGGGCAGACAGGUAAAGUGCAAGCUCUUGGAAGGAUCUCCAUUUUUGUCGAGGGAAAAAAAACGUUGCAUGGUUGCAUGAUACCUGUAUCCCAUCAUGAAAUCAAUUAUCCUAUAUACAUUGAUGCUUUUGUGUAUGCUCUCAUUGGCCCUUGCGCUGGUGCAGGAGCCACGAAACCAGUUAUAGUUCUCUUGCCCUUCUAUUGGUUAGUUAUAACUUGGGCAGAU